GAUAAAGAUAUCUAACACAGGAAAAUAUGUCAUAUCUUCAAGAAACAUUUGAAGAACGGUGUGAAACGACAGGUGCCCCAAGUUAUCUUUCUUUCUUUACCACAUCAAUAUCAAUUUUACUGCUAACCAUAAGUAUCCCAGGAAAUCUCCUACUCAUACUUGCUGUGGCACUGGAUCCAAAUAAAAAUCUCCGAUCUCCCUUCAACUAUCUGAUGUCAAACCUCGCUGUCGCUGAUCUCAUUGCCGGUAUUGUAACUGGACCGUUGUCGGUUAACUUUCAUAUAAAGGAAGGUCUGCGUAAAAAGAUGUUUAAAAGCGAGAUCUACCUUUUUCAUAUGUCAUAUUUUAUAUCAUGUACAGCAAGCAUACUUAGUCUUGCUUCCCUCGCAAUAGAGAGAUAUCUUGCUAUCAGAAGCCCUCACAAAUAUCGAAGCAAGUUAACUGGAAGAAGAAUUCUUACUACGGUUGCAUUCAUAUGGCUGGUAGCAACAUGUCUGCCGUUCAUUUAUUUCAAAGUUCACUUCAUUACCUGCGCUUUUAUCCUUACAAAUACGACUGUUCUACUAGCCCUGGCAACGAUGGGUUUCACACAAGGAUUGAUGAUUUGGAAACUGAAAAGAACACACAGACAUCACCCAUCAAAAAUAGAAAAUCUCCCCCAAGUUGAAAUACAGAGUACACCUGACUACACCAACAGGACUAUUGACAUGGAGACAAAGAUUACAAAAAUGUUUCUUGUCGUCAUGACAGCAGUACUUUGCUGCUAUGGACCAAGUGCCAUAUUGAUAUAUGUCACGAGUUUCUGUGAAAGCUGCAGUUGUACAUCUUUACAUUGGUUUCGUGAUUUGCAAUGUCUCUUUAUCCUCGCUAAUUCCUCCGUGAAUUUCUUCUUUUAUGGCCUUAGAUCACCCAGAUAUCGUCGGGCGUUUACUGAAAUAUUGAGAUUACCCGGACGCAGGAAAUAUGCUUGUAAUAUCGCUUUUGGUUACAACAAACCACGAAAGGCUUGCACUGACGUUUAAAAGCAUCAAAACUAUUUACAUAUAAAUUACAAAAUUCACGAGAGAUUCUUUUUAGCUAAGCCAUAUACCUUUCAAUAAGGUAUAAUUUACAGCUAUAAAUAAGACAGUAUCUUUACUACAAUGAGUUUUAUAUCUUUCAAGGUUGGCAAUCUUAAUUUGAUGAAAAAUGGCAUGUGUUUGAUCUUUAUCUUUGUCAGAAUAUGAUAAUCUUGAAUUUGAAGCAACGGGGAUUUCAAAUACUUUCAUGAAUAAAUAAAUAUUGAGUUGGACUGAACAAAA